GGACAAGUAGGCACUACGUUUUCCCCCAGUUAACACGUCAAGCCGAGACAUUCGAUUUCGAAAUUACCCCCGCUCGACACCACACCGAAAUUCCUAGUAAAAACUGAGAGCGACGGAUCGAAGAAGAGAUUGAGAUUUGUUUAGCCAAAAUAGUGAAAUUAUGCCCAAGUCCAAGCAGAUAUCGCCAACAAAAGCGGCUACAAAGCCGCUUAGCACCAAGAAGCCGCAGCCCAAAGUCAAAAGUGUCGGUAAGACCAAGCCGAAAGUGCAGCAGAAGUCCGUGAAGAAAUCCGUAAGGAACCCGCUCAAGAAAGCCAUGAGACGAUCUCCGCUGAUGCGAGCCGCCCUGCAGCCCACGAUUUUGGGCUUGGCCAAGGAGAAGCCGGUGAAAAAGUCGCGGGUGACCUUCAAGAAGUCGCAUCGUCGGCCGCUGGACGCCCUGCAAUCCCUGGGGAUGUCCCGCAGGACCAAACUCAUCGACGCCAGUCCCAGGAGAACGGCCAAGGGUACUUCGGUGCUGUUCCUGGGUUCAAGGACCACCAAGAUGCCCAAGAAUGUGAAGACCUCAACGGCAGCAAGCGAAAAAAAUCAGUUACCCCGGUUGAAAAGACGGAUGGAAUUCCGAGUAAUGACGAAAGACGAGACCAGGGCUACCGACGGCGUAAACUUCUUCUGCAAUCUCGGCGUAAAGAUGCAGCCGCCGGUGACUCGGAAGUAUCAACCGCUGCGACAACGAGGUGAAGCAGGAUUUGAGGGUAGAUUGGCAGGUGGAGAAGGUACUGGACUGGGUGACUUCGCUUUGCGGACACCAGUGAGAACUCAGCCUUCUGGUCUGUCAUCCCUGGUCGGUAAAGUCGCCGGUACCGGCGCGUUCGGCAAUGAUGUGCUGGUCCCGCUGACCGGCCGGUUGCCCAUCAUCGACUUUAUCUCUACCAAAGAGUUCCAGAAUAUGUCUGCCGCUUCGAACUGGAAACCGCACUCUCGGAAAAAUACCCAUUUAUAGACGACCAAAGAGUGGCGAGUGUUUAAUGAUAAGAGACGAGUGGAUACGUAUAAAUUGGUAAAACGCUUUUGCGGCUUUGUCAUCCUUUAAUUUUCAAGUCUUAUUUAUCCGUAAAUUUAAUGGAUUUGAGUUAGUUCUUCCCAAAUAUUAAAAACAAAAUAUCAUAUAGGACAAGUGCACAUCGCACAUAAUAAGAAGACUCAAAUUGUUCAAUCUUACUAUUGUACUUAUCCAAAUUUUAUGUUGGCCACGUUAAGAAAAUCGCCAUUGAAAUGGGAUCGAGUGAGAAAUUCCCAACAAAGCAUCCAGUAAAGAUAUUUAUCGUGUAACGUUAAAACGAUCAACUAAGCCCUAAAGUCUAUAUGGUGAGAAAUCCUGAUAUGGAUAAUGGAUUCAGUAAUCAACGACUGUGGCAUUUCGGAACAAGAAACUUCCUGGCACAACUUCGAAACGAACGCGAAACAUUUACAUUUCGGUUGGUUUAUUUGGACAUACCAGAAAUACAUAUUCCCAAAUGAAA